AUGUAUCGGAAGUUGUCUAAGUUAGAACACUCGGAAAUAAAACAACUUCUUACAGAAGCUAAUAUAGAUGUUGCAAAGCAUUACGCAACAAACAAAAAAGCACUCGCUGACAUCCUCAAUGACUAUAAUGGUGCAAUAAGUUAUGAUAGAAUUCAUGAGUUCAUAAAGCCGCAACGCGGCGAGGACGAAGUCCAUGCAAGAGCAUUUCCUUUAAAUGACGUUGCUAUUGACUUAUAUCAUAGACGUUCAGUACCUCAUGAAGUAAGAAGAGAAAUGUUUGACAUAACAAAUGCAAACGUUGGUGAAACAAGAAGAAGAGACGACACACUGAAACAACAGAGAAGAGAGAUGUUUAAGAGCGCUAUAGAACAAGUUCGCAAAGCUAACGAUGUCCUUCGUUCCAUUGACGACAAACCAAAAGAAGGUGAGAGAUGGUUAAAGAAAGAUGAAGAGAAUAGGAAGAGGAAUGUUAAGACAGGCAAUAGACUCAUUGAAUUUAACAUCGAAGCUUUAGAUGAACCAAACAGAGACUACUUACACAAACAUUUCGGUAAGGUUUUCAUGAGACUCUUAGAGAAGAUUAAAAUAAACUCCCAACAGAGAUGGAUGGUAUGUUAUAAACUUGGUGGAAAGUAUGAAUGUUCUACGUUAAACCUCAAUAAUAUUGGAACAUUACUACAUCAGCUCUUGAAGGAGAACUUUAUAUCAGAGAUAGAAGCAAAUGCUGCAGGUAUUGUUGAAAUGCACUAUGACUUCUUCUUGACAAACAUA